UGCCAAUGAACGGAAACGACGGAGACUCGUUCCCGGGAAACUGGCAACCCUCGUGACGUCACUCUGACGUCCUACGACUCAAAAAUCAUGGCGGACGAAGUGGAGCAGCAACCGAGCACCAAUACAGUAGAAGAGCCACUUGACCUGAUCCGACUCAGUUUGGACGAGAGGAUCUACGUCAAGAUGAGGAACGACCGAGAACUGCGUGGACGACUACAUGCAUACGAUCAGCAUCUUAACAUGAUCCUGGGAGAUGUGGAGGAGACUGUGACCACGGUGGAGAUUGACGAAGAGACCUAUGAAGAACUAUACAAGUCAACCAAGAGGAACAUUCCCAUGCUGUUCGUCAGAGGUGAUGGCGUCGUCCUUGUAGCCCCGCCCCUACGGGUGGGCUGAGUACUGGUGGCUUAAAAAAAAAAUCUAGUGUUUUUUGCUUUUUAUUUUGUUAUUUUUUUGAAAUUGUGCGAUUUGAAAUUUUGUAUUAUGUAUUUGUUUUGUGGUCACCAAACAAAUUGCGAAUCGCUACUUUAAGUUGUUGCUAAGAUGUGAUCAUAUAAAAAUCAGUCGUUUGAUUACAAAAACAAUGCCUGGUGUUCUUAUUAACAGUACCAAUGACGUCCAAUCAGGCAAAAUGGAUUGGAAGUGUAUCAUUGUCAAUGAGUUAGGUAAAAUUUGGCUGCCAUUGACUGUGAUAGAUGUCCAAUACAUUUGGACUGGAAGGGACGAAUGAACAUCCGCCCAGUCCAAAUGUAUUGGACGUUUAGGGCCGUCAGUGGCACUGAAACAUGAGCAUUUACUCCAAAUCCUUCGAGUUUAAAUGAAUUGGACGUCUAUUAUAAUCAAAGGGAGGCAAUGAGUUAACUGAUGACUGCAACGUAGUAGCAUUACACACUGUGGUUUUGCUGUUGGACCACUAGGUGGCGCAACAUUCUCUCUUAACCCCGUGUGUAAUGUAUUACUAUGGAUGACCAGUUUAAUACAUAAUUAAUAGUGUCAAAAAGUGUUAUUUCAGAAUUUAUUUCAAUAUUUGCUUCAAUUCAUUUCAAUUUUAAUAUGUUUGAAUUUCAUUUUAUUUGAUUUCAAAUUUUUAUGUCAACACUAAACAUACUUUAAAUACAUCACAUUAAAAUAGUAAAAACUGCAAUAAGUAUAUGAAUACACUGAAUCAAUGACAUUUGAAAUGUAUACUAAAACACCUAACAGCAUUCAAUUAUCUGUGCAUUUAUUAAAUUAUGGUUCUUCAGUUUU